AUGCCUACUAAAACUGAUACAGUAUGGCAGUAUAAAGCCCCUUGUAAAGAUACACCAACCACUCUUCAGCGUUUAACCAAUGAAAAAUCAGAGUGUAGUAUAAAGGAUUACCCGUAUGGGUGGGGAUUAAGAGCUGGUCAGACCGGGUGUUGUGGUAAUUAUCCGGGAUGUUGUAAAUUUGCUUCUAUCUUGUGCUGGUUUCAUGACAUUGCUUGUACAUGUUGUGGAUCUAUCUGGUGUGGACCACAAUGUCAAAAUGAUCCAUCUUGUCAUCAAAUGCUCAGUGAUUCUGCAGUAGAUGAAGGAAGUGGAGAAAUUUGA